GCAGCUCCAAGCUGCCGAGAUGGACGCUACCAAUGACGUCAUUGCUUGCCAAAUGAGCAUUGAUUAAUCACAGACGUGCAAUUGGAUCAUUCCAUUUACUACUUCAUACGAUGUCGAUGAACGCCGAAAUCAAAGCGCUUCCAAAAAUGACAAGUUUCUCUUCUUUCGCCAUGGCGAUCCUGCCAUCCUCGUAUCUCCAUCCUACCUACCUCGCUGAGGAACGCAAUCUUCCAGCUUCGUUGCAGUCUGAUUCUUUUAUGAAGAACCUCAAGACCUGGUUCGUCGUGGCUUCUUUUCAUGCUCCCUUUAUGUGCACCGGGUUGACCAUGGCGCGUGAGUGAGAAUUAAAUGUAAGACCCACUCGGUGCAACUCUGGCAAUCGAACGUCGACAUCUUCCACCUCCCAGUCAUUCUACGGGAAAUCUUUACCAUGACUCUUCUCAUAAAAGAUCCCCCACAAGCUCGUGAACUCAGGACUUGUGGCCUCAGACUGUGCGUCCUUAGACGGACGCGAAGAUGUCUCGUUCGUUAGCUGUUUUUCAUCUACAGGCUCAUCUGCAUCAGUACGAGUGUAGUCGAACUAAUACUGUUGGCUGGGCCGUUCGGAACUCGAGAAUCUGCUGCACUUCAAAAUUGACCAGAUGAGCUCCCAGUCAGCACCGCCGGCUAGCGCAGCUUGGGUCACCAGAUCUGCUUCAGUGAAGAACAUGUUGGACGGUCGGAAGCCUGGAUUGAGCUUCAUGCCGAAUAUCGAACUCCAG